UCACUUACUUCGUUUGUCUCUCUUUCUCUUUCUAUCUCUGUCUUUUCUCUUCCUCUUCCUCUCACUUGGAUACUAAUACACAGAGACACAAAAAAAAAAAAAAAGUGUUGGGGAAAUUGAUGAAAGAGCAAAAAAUGAGAUUGAGAUUUGCUGUUCCUUUGAUGUUAUUAUAAUGAGGGGAGGGUUUAUUUUCUUCUUCUUUGAAAGCAAUGGCCCUGCAAGAAGAAGAGACUCAGCAGAUUCAAAGCCCACCAUUGAUUCUUGAUGGGCUGUAUUGUGAAGAAGAGGAUUUAGGAGAGUAUAGUUUUGAAGAGAAUGGAAGCCAAAUUUGUGGUGAAACAGUGAAAAAGGAGACAUUUGUACCUUUUUUUUUUAUUGAACAUGACUUGUUUUGGGAAGAUGAUGCGUUACUCUCUUUAAUGUCCAAAGAAAAAGAAACCCAUCUUGGUUACAUUGCUGUUAACUCUGAUGAGUCUUUAGUUUUGGCUCGUAAAGAAGCUUUGGAGUGGAUUUUCAAGGUUAAGGCACUCCAUGGGUUCAAUGCUUUGACCAUAGUUCUUGCUGUGAAUUACUUUGAUAGGUUCAUUUCAAGCCUAAAGUUUCAAAAAGACAAGCCAUGGAUGGGACAAUUAGCUGCUGUGGCUUGUUUGUCUUUGGCUGCUAAGGUUGAGGAAACCCAAGUUCCACUUCUUUUAGACCUCCAAGUGGAGGAAUCAAAGUAUGUGUUUGAUUCAAAGACCAUACAAAGAAUGGAGCUUUUGGUGCUGUCAACUCUUCAAUGGAGGAUGAACCCUGUGACGCCAAUUUCCUUCUUUGAUCACAUUACAAGAAGGCUUGGAUUGAGGACCCAUUUGCAUUGGGAGUUCCUUCGGAGGUGUGAGCGUUUGCUACUCUUUCUCAUUGCUGAUUCAAGGUUCAUGCUUUAUAUUCCCUCUAUCUUAGCUUCUGCAACAAUGCUGCAUGUUAUUAAAGAGGUUGAACCAUGCCAUUAUCUUGAAUAUCAGAAACAGCUUAUUGGAGUACUCAAGACAUGUGAGGAUAAAGUAAAUGCGUGCUACAAGCUCAUCUUAGGGUUGUUGGAAAGCCAUUGCAAAGGAAACCAAGGCCACAAACGCAAGCAUAGAUCAAUACCAAGUAGCCCUAAUGAUGUCAUUGAUGUAUCUUUUAGCUGUGAUAGCUCAGAUGAUUCGUGGGCUAUGACAUCUUCGGUCUCAUCAUCGCCACAGCCUCUGUUCAAAAGGAGUAGAGCACAGGACCAGCAAAUGCGGCUACCUUCACUAAAUCGGAUCAUACCCACCGGCAGAAAACACAGGAAUUGAUGGCACUAAGACUUCCAGGCCUUACAAGUCAUCGAAUUCCGACCAAAUGUCUUAAACUUCAAACAGAGCUCCCCCACAUCCACCUAACAUGGAGAAGACCAGAAUCGGUGUUAAUUUGCUACAGCUGGAUUCAUGAAUUUAAUUUAUUUGAUAGCUUCGAAGUACUGAUUUCUCUGUGUCGUCUACAGGCUGCUAAGCCCAACAGUGCUGAUCAAAGCUCCGUAUCUAAGCCAGAAAAUGAAUAGAAUUUUCACCAUGUAAAAAAAAAAAAAAUUCUGACGUUCACUAUAAGAAAAGUACUUUCCAUCGGCUCAAUGAUUCCAGUGUAAAUGCUACCCAAACUGAGUCGAUUAACGGCGGUAGAAAUUUUUUCCAACUGUUCAUUAUGACAGUAAUGAUUAAAUGCAACUAUGUAGACAGCUCCAUCCUUGCAGAACGUACUCCAAGAAUACCGAGGUAAUUCGUAUAUGUAGUGGAGAAAAAAACCUGAGGACAUUUCUUUCCAUUGCGUCACUCACCGAUUAAAACAGCAGAAAGGGCAUAAUGGUAAGAAACACAUGGAAAAGAAUUAGAGUCUGCUGAUUAAAAUGGAAAUGUUUUCCUUUUCUACAGAUUAACCUAUGCCCAGGACAUCAAAUCCAGACCUUUAACAUGAUCCUAAGAGACCACCAUGCUUUAGCCCUUUUCACCUUGUGAUGACUGGCUCAAUGGCUCUCAUACUACAUCAGGUAAUCCUUUCCAGGAUUUGGAUCCGUGCCUUAGCACCUGCUUUGAUGCCAAAAGUUACGAUCCAUGACCAAAAAUGCUAGCAAAACCCUUAGGUUUGAACAUGUCAAAUCCAGAUUUUUAACAUUUUUUUGUUAUAGCAACAGCACUUAUCUUCAUUUCUGCCUAGUGUCAAAUACUAAAAUGGAAAACUGACAAGUUAAGCCUAUUUGUUGAGAGAGUUUAAUUCUCUUAAAUUAUUUUCAUUUUUAUUUCUAUGGUUAAUAGUACAAUACCAGAGUUAUCCCCUAUUGAAGGUACUUCAGCAAACCACCCACAAGCGUUUCUUUAUGAUGCAUCACACAUGUAUUGUAGUGUCUUAAUCUUUAGAUUGGUUGAAAAUCCACUGAAUAUUGAAAACUUAGUCACUUGCCCUCCACUACUGGUACUUUCAAGUCUUUCUCUGGGAGAAGAUCAGUUUCUGUAUUGAAAUAGGGCUGGCUUGGGACU